CGGCAAAAGUGGCUCCCGAAAUAUGAAAAAGAGCUAGGAGUGCGGCCAUUCAGCUGUAGUGGAACCGAAGUCAUCGAAGCACUCUGCAAGUUCUGCGAGUCGUUUGGGAGAGAAGAUGAGGAGGACAAAGCGCAGCCUAGAGCGGGUUUUGUGGCGACCCUGGGCCAGAAAAAACAACGAAAGAAGCCUAGCGGCUGGAAAAUCGACACUAAGUUCAAUGCUCUUCUGGAGUCCCAUGAGAGCAAGCUAAACGAACAUUUUGGCGAGGCAACGACGCAAGAGAUCUGGGCUCAGCGAAAGAAGCUAAUCCACAUCUACAAGACGAAAACAGACGUCCGCAGAAGCAUUGACGAUGCUUCGGACGAACCAUUUGGAGACGCGUGG